AUGGGUACAGAUGAUGAAGCUCAUAUUGAUGCUCAUGUUACAAGGGAAGCCUGUGAAGCCCCCCCUGCCGCCUCCCCCCUUCCUUUCCGCGCGCCCUUUGGGGAGUUCAGGCUCUUGCGCGGGGCGCUGGGGGAAGCAGGGGGCGCUCUGGAGGGGGAUUGGGGGAGGGUUGGCGCAGAAGGGGGAGAGGAAGGCGGGUGGGAGGAGGGAGCGGUGGUGGAGGGGGUGGUGGUGGGGGAGACGGUGACGGGGCGGCCAUUGGUGUCGGUGCGCGUGCGAGCCAUGGACAUUGCUUGGGAGCGAUGCCGCCAGGUGGGAGAGAUGAUACCAGGAGCCCUGCAGAUGAGGCGAGAGGGCGAGCCCAUCCGCGUCACCAUCGCCGCCUGCAACGCCGGCGGCCUUGAGGCGCGCCUUGAGGGUCUGAGGGCGUUCUUACCGCUGCCCUAUCUGCUCAACAACCCAGACGGCACCCGCCCUGACCUGCACUACCUCGUGGGGCGGCGCCUGUGGGUGAUGCUGGAGGAGGUGGAGCAACGGGCAAGCCGCCUCAUUCUCAGUGAAGUGGCCGCCAUGGAGUACGAGGUGGCGCGCUCACUGCAGCGGGGGCGGGUGGUGCAGGGCAAGGUGUGUCGCAUCACCCCACACGGCGUCAUGGUGCUCAUCGACCACAUUGCCAAGCGUGCACUACUGCACGUGUCCAACAUCUCGCGCGUGCGGGUGCCGGCAGCAGAAGACGUGUUCAGCCUGGGCGAGCCCCUCACGGCCCUCGUCAUUCGCAAUGACACCAGAGGUGUCGCCCUCAGGUCCGCUCUGCUCUUUGCUGCUCUGCUGCCCUGCAUUCCACUCUCUCGCUCGCUCAUAUCUCGGCCCUCUUUGCUGCUCCCCUGUGCUCCCCUCUCUCCUCUCUCCCCCCUUUCUCCUCUCUCCUCCACUCACCUCCCCUCUCCUCCCCUCUCCUCCCCUCUCCUCCCCUCUCCUCCCCUCUCCUCCCCCUCCUCCUCCAUUCUCCUCCACUCUCUCCUCCCUCCCCAUGCCUCAUCUCUCUCCCAUCCCUCCCCUACCUCCCAUCUCCCUUCUCUCCCCUCCCUCCCAUCUCCCGCCUCGCUCCCCUCUCUCCCACUGAUCCCUCCGUCCCGCGGCACCACGGCAGCACGAGGGAGUUAG